AAUAACCUCAACUAAAUACCGAUUAUCAUCAUUCAUUCUUCAACCUCGGUUCUCACUAGGUUGAUUCGAUUUAUCAACAACGUUAGCUUGCUUGUUUCUGCAAGUAAUCCCGCAUGUGUAUUAAAAAGUGCUAAUCUGCACAAUGGACAUUGUCAACUUGAUGCAGUCCAUGUCCCUGAACGUGCCCGAAGACCCACAAGAAUCUGUAUUCCGUCUCAACGCCUGCAUCAUCAACGACAAUCACACCGACAUCGUCUUCGCCGAAUUCGCAAACCGCUGUUUGAUAAUCGCCACGCAACACGAACGCGCCGGAAGUUUAUUACGCGUUUCAAUUGAUCAACCAGAAGCUGUAACCGAAGGUGUCGAACCAGUGUAUUCUGUUCAAGUCCUCUUUGGGGUAGGAAACUUGGAACAACAGGCAGUUGCAAGACAUCUUGCUGAACAACUAAGAUUAAAUAAAACUUUGAUGACAUUUUUGAAUCUGAACGACUAUUCAGUAUCAACAGUAAGGACUUUAGUAGCUGCUUUACAAGAAACGCGCAAAAAUGGCACUUACUAGAGUGACUAAAGCUCAAAGUUUUUAUGGACAGCUAGUGAUUGGUCCACCUGCAUCUGGAAAAAGCACUUAUUGUGCAAAAGUAUUUGAAUUCUACAGAGAUAAACUCAAUCGACAAGUUGCUGUUGUUAAUUUGGAUCCUGCCAAUGAGAAUAUGGAUUAUCAACCAUCAGUUGAUAUCAUGGAACUGAUCAAAGUGGAAGAUGUGAUGGAGAGCUUAAAAUUGGGACCUAAUGGUGCUCUGAUGUACUGUAUGGAAUACCUAGAAACUAAUUUUGAUUGGCUUGUUGGUAAACUAGGGCAUAUUAAAGAUUGCUAUUUGAUUUUUGAUAUGCCAGGCCAAGUUGAGCUCUACACACAUCACAAUGCCACAAAGAACAUAUUUCACAGACUUGAAAAGAUGAGAUAUCAUCUCUGUACAGUACACAUGAUUGACUCACAUUACUGUUCGGAUCCAUCAAAGUUUAUCUCAACUUUACUUCUCUCACUAUCAACCAUGUUGCAAAUUGGUCUGCCACAUGUCAAUGUACUUAGCAAGGCUGAUUUACUAAAGAAAAACUCUGAUAAAUUAGACUUUGGACUGGAUUUUUACACAGAUGUAUUAAAUCUGGAAUAUUUACUAGACUUGCUUGAUGAUGGACCAUUUACAAGUAAAUACAGGAAACUCAAUGCAGCUCUAGUUUCUUUAGUGGAAGACUACAGCUUGGUCAACUUUAUACCUCUAGAUGUGUCUUCAGACAAAAGUCUUUUGACACUCAAAAGUGCAGUGGACAAGGCAAAUGGUUAUGUAUAUGGGAGUGGUGAGGAGAGAAGCAUUCAAACAUUACUCUCAUGUGCCGUAGGGGCGCGAACUGAAUCAGAACGUUUUGAUUCAGAUUUUAUGUGAAGUACUUCUAUUUAACUACACAAUUUCAUUUCUCAUCUUAUAAAUAAAACUAAUUUAAACCUGAUAUUGUUUUCAAAUGUAAAUUUAAUUUCUAGGUUGGAAUAAUAAGUAAUUUAAGGAUUA